GAGCGGGAGCAGUACUUGUACGUGUGCCACAGUCAAGAGCAGGGCGAAUCGGAACGCAUCGGGUCGUGCGGCGUUACGGAGCGUCGCUGAAAGUGUUUUUCAAUAACGCCAGCCGGCUAGCGAUAAAUGGCGAUCGGUUCCCGCUUCGAUUAUGCGUCGUUUUCAACAAGAAGAAAAACAACAAAACCAACAGCAAAAGCAAAGGCAAAAGAAAAAUCAAAAGCAAACGUGAACGUGAACGUGAACGAAACAAAAGCAAAAACAGAAAGCAAACGCGAGGUGCACUGAACAAAAUUACAUAGAUGCUGUUUGAGGCCUAAUAAAAAUCAAUAAACAAUACAAAGUCAUAAGGCGCAGAACAACCAACAAUACCAAAUGCAGCAAAAAGUGAACAAAUUAAAGAGAUUAUUUACCAGUUCGUAAGCGUAAUACCAUUUCAACAGCAGACACAAAACACAAGUAAAAUAACACACAAGAAGAGUUUACUGCAAUGUCCGACCACGGCGACAACAAUGGUGGCGACCCGUCGCAGCAGGCGGGGUCUGGAGCGGAGGGCGAGGCCAUGGGCGAGAACAAAAUGAAGUCGCGCCUCCGCAAGGGAGCCCUCAAGAAGAAGAAUGUCUUCAAUGUGAAGGAUCACUGCUUCAUCGCGAGAUUCUUCAAGCAGCCCACCUUUUGCUCGCACUGCAAGGACUUCAUCUGCGGCUAUCAGUCGGGAUAUGCCUGGAUGGGAUUCGGGAAGCAAGGAUUUCAGUGCCAAGUUUGCUCCUACGUGGUGCACAAGCGAUGCCAUGAAUAUGUCACCUUCAUAUGUCCCGGCAAGGAUAAGGGCAUCGAUUCGGACUCACCAAAAACUCAACACAAUUUCGAACCAUUCACAUAUGCAGGACCCACGUUCUGUGACCAUUGUGGUUCGCUGUUGUACGGCAUCUACCACCAGGGUCUCAAAUGCUCAGCAUGUGACAUGAACGUGCAUGCACGCUGCAAGGAGAAUGUGCCAAGCCUCUGCGGAUGCGAUCACACGGAGCGACGGGGACGCAUUAAUCUCGUGAUCAAUGUCAAGGACAACCUCCUCACUGUCCAGAUCAUAGAGGGUCGGAAUCUCAUACCCAUGGAUCCCAACGGACUCAGCGACCCCUAUGUCAAGGUCAAGCUCAUUCCGGACGACAAGGACCAGAACAAGAAGAAGACACGCACCAUCAAGGCUUGCCUGAAUCCCGUCUGGAACGAGACCAUCACCUAUGACCUAAAGCCGGAGGACAAGGAUCGACGUAUCCUCAUCGAGGUAUGGGACUGGGAUCGCACCUCGCGGAAUGAUUUCAUGGGCGCCCUGUCCUUUGGCAUCUCGGAGAUCAUCAAGAACCCCACCAACGGGUGGUUCAAGCUGCUCACCCAGGACGAGGGCGAGUACUACAAUGUGCCCUGUGCCGACGACGAGCAGGAUCUGCUCAAGCUCAAGCAGAAGCCAUCGCAGAAGAAGCCCCUGGUGAUGCGCAGCGAUACGAACACGCAUUCGUCCAUAUCCAAGAAGGACAUGAUCCGGGCCACCGACUUUAACUUCAUCAAGGUCCUGGGCAAGGGAUCCUUUGGCAAGGUCCUGCUGGCAGAGCGCAAGGGCAGCGAGGAGCUGUAUGCCAUCAAGAUACUCAAGAAGGAUGUGAUCAUUCAAGACGACGAUGUCGAGUGCACCAUGAUCGAGAAGCGCGUCCUGGCCCUGGGUGAGAAGCCACCAUUUCUGGUCCAGUUGCAUUCCUGCUUUCAGACACUGGAUCGCUUGUUCUUUGUCAUGGAGUAUGUGAACGGCGGUGAUCUGAUGUUCCAGAUCCAACAGUUUGGCAAAUUCAAAGAGCCAGUCGCAGUUUUUUACGCAGCGGAAAUAGCCGCUGGACUUUUCUUUCUGCACACCAAGGGGAUCCUGUAUCGCGACCUGAAGCUGGACAAUGUCCUUCUCGAUGCGGAUGGACACGUGAAGAUUGCCGACUUUGGAAUGUGCAAGGAGAACAUUAUGGCCGACAAGACGACUAAGACCUUCUGCGGCACCCCGGACUACAUAGCACCUGAGAUUAUCCUGUACCAGCCGUAUGGCAAAUCUGUGGACUGGUGGGCCUAUGGAGUGCUGCUCUACGAGAUGCUGGUGGGUCAGCCGCCCUUCGAUGGCGAGGAUGAAGAGGAGCUCUUUGCGGCCAUCACCGAUCACAAUGUAUCCUAUCCGAAGAGCCUCAGCAAGGAGGCCAAGGAAGCCUGCAAGGGUUUUCUCACCAAACUACCGAACAAACGCUUGGGCUGUGGUCCCACCGGCGAGGAGGAUGUGCGUCUGCAUGCCUUUUUCCGGCGCAUCGAUUGGGAGAAGAUUGAGAAUCGCGAAGUGCAGCCACCGUUUAAGCCAAAGAUUAAACACCGCAAGGAUGUGUCCAACUUUGACAAGCAGUUCACAUCAGAGAAAACAGACUUGACGCCCACGGAUAAGGUAUUCAUGAUGAAUCUGGAUCAGUCGGAAUUUGUUGGCUUCUCCUAUGUGAAUCCCGAAUACGUAAUCCUCCCAUAGAUCUCUGAUCUGAUCAGAGACAAUCCCCAAUCUGCGCGUUGUGCCCUAUAAAUCUCUUUUGAUAUUUGAUAUUAACAACUUUUGGCAAUGCAAAAAGACAAUUUGUUAUAUGUAUUUAUAAAUAAUUUAUAGUUUAUAGUUUCUAAAGAGCAAUUAUUCUUUGUUAAGUUUUCUGUUUCUGUUUGUUUUCUGUUAUUUAUAUAUGUACAUUUACAUUUAAUCGAUUGUUAAGUUUUAACUGUAUAACAGACCUUCAGUUGUGCAAUAAUCGAAUACUGUUCAACAUCUCAAGUCUCAUCUGGCAGCCAAAGGAAAGCAAUAUAUCUAAGCCAUAACCAUAGCUAAUAUUCAAGCACCCCGCCCCCGUUUCUCAUUCUGUGUAGCAUUCUAGCGAUCCGCGAUCUAUCGUUUCAGUCCAAUUUUGAACAACUUUUCAAAGCUUUAAAUGUUUAAAUAUUCCAAUUGAGAGUUCACUUAUUUUUGAUCAAACAUCUAAGUGUUUUGUAGAAAUCUAAUCGAUUUGAAUAUAUAAAUAAAAUUGGAAAUCGUACAUACAUAUACGAAUGAAAGAUCAGAGAUGUUAGAAGUUUGGAGUUUGGAGUCAGGUUCAAACGUCAUUCGAUUGUAGUGUUCGCCCCGGCACUACGAUCAAAUCGAAAUCGCGUUUAACUGGGUUCGCCAAAAAUACAAAACGGAUAAAUUACAUUAGAGAAAUAUCUAGAGAAAAGCAAGCAAGCAAGCAACACAGCAAUUACCAAUUCGGUUAAUCGUGUAUUCAAUUUUUAAGCGGAGAAAUAUCAUAGAAAGCGUAAUCUUUUGAUUCCAUUCAAAUAUAUCAAUGUGCGUGUAAAUUCAAUUAAUUUUACAUUUUAUUUAACAAACAAAAAAAACAAAAACAAAACAAAACCAUUAUUAAGGUAUAUAUAGCGUGUCUAUAUAUACAGCUGGCAUAGAGUCUCAAUGUACCAUAAUUAACAAAUUGCAUAGCAAUAAGUUAAGCUUAGUAAAUACUUAAAACUGUAAAGCUGUAAAACUGUACAACUAUAAAACUGUAAAUCUGUACAACUAUAAAACUGUAACCCAAAAAGGGAGGACGAGACGACUACGCUCCCCGUUGGAGAUUGUUUUCGAGUUUCGAGAACUUUAGUACCUACUA